GGCGGGUCCGGGCGCACACGCGUGGCCGGUGUCACGGUUCCCUGUCCCCGGAGCCAUGCCCAAGGCGCGGCGGGCGCGGGGCUCCGGUCCCGGUCCCGGCGUGCCGCUGGCCGAGCAGAUCCUGCAGGAGGCGGCGCCGCGGGCGCGGCGGGCGGGCGCGCAGGACGAGGAGGAGCGGGAGCCGGGCUAUGUGGACGCGCGGCUGUCCCGGCGCAUCCUGCAGCAGGCGCGGCGGCAGCAGGAGGAGCUGGAGGCCGAGCACGGCCCCGGCGCGCCCCAGCAGCGCAGCGCGACGCUGGGAGCCGGCUCCGACUCGGAGGACGAUGAGGAGUGGCCGUCGCUGGAGGCGGCGGCGGGGCGCGGCGGGGAGGUGGCGGUGGACCCCGAGGACGAGGCGGCCAUCGAGCGGUUCAUGAACAAGAACCCGCCGUUGAGGCGCACGCUGGCGGACAUCAUCCUGGAGAAGAUCACGGAGAAGCAGACGGAGGUGGACACGGCGCUGUCGGAGGCGUCCGGCUGCCCCAUGCCCCAGCUCGACCCCCGCGUCCUGGAGGUCUACAGGGGGGUGCGAGAGGUGCUGUCUAAAUACAGGAGUGGGAAACUCCCCAAGGCAUUUAAAAUCAUUCCUGCCCUGUCCAACUGGGAGCAGAUCCUCUACAUCACGGAGCCGGAGGCAUGGACAGCGGCUGCCAUGUACCAGGCCACCAGGAUAUUCUCAUCCAACCUGAAGGAGAGGAUGGCCCAGCGCUUCUACAACCUGGUGCUGCUGCCGCGGGUCAGGGAUGACAUUGCAGAGUACAAGCGCCUCAAUUUUCACCUCUACAUGGCUCUGAAGAAGGCUCUGUUCAAGCCAGCAGCCUGGUUCAAAGGGAUCCUCAUCCCGCUGUGCGAGUCGGGGACCUGCACGCUGCGGGAGGCCAUCAUCAUCGGCAGCAUCCUCACCAAGUGCUCCAUCCCCGUCCUCCACUCCAGCGCGGCCAUGCUGAAGCUCGCCGAGAUGCAGUACAACGGCGCCAACAGCAUCUUCCUGCGCCUGCUCAUCGACAAGAAGUACGCGCUGCCCUUCCGCGUGGUGGAUGCCCUCGUCUUCCACUUCCUGGCUUUCCGCACGGAUCAGCGCGUCCUGCCCGUGCUGUGGCACCAGAGCUUCCUGGCCUUGGCCCAGCGCUACAAGGAGGACCUGUCCUCGGAGCAGAAAGAGGCUUUGCUUGAGCUGCUCAAGUUCCACAGCCACCCGCAGAUCUCACCGGAGAUCCGGAGGGAGCUGAUGAACUCCAAGACUCGGGAUGUGGAGGAGCAGCAGCCCGCAGCCAUGGAGUGAGCAGGGACAAGCAGGGGGAAAAGCUGCAGCCUGAGUUGCUCCCGGGAUGCUGCUGGAUGCAGUUGGGAGCUUGGUGUGGGAGUGAAGCCAGGGGGAUCCAGCCGGGAUCCUGCUGCCCGAGCGCUGUGCCCAUAGAGCUGGACCGUGCUCCUUGCGCUGGGCAGAACCUUGUGCCACCAGCACCAGGGAGCGUUUGGCUUGUUCCUGUGUUGGAAAAUAAAACCCGGAGCAGUGUCCAUGGUUCCGGACCCACGGCUGCA